ACUGCGAUGGCUCACACCACCCUGUAAUUCCCUUCGAGCAGGUGCAUACGUCACCUGGCCGUCCGUGGAGGUAUGCUGCUGACAGAGGGCAUGGCCCGAGAGCUAGGGGCUAAUCCGCGGGCUGGGUGAGUGGCCGCAUUGUGCACAGCUCCGUGUGGAUUACGGGACCCGCCGGGGGUGUCCUGCGCACUGCCAGAGCUCACACGGGGCGCGCCACUUGUGACAGGUGGACGAACGCUGCGUGUCUGGCUGAUCGGACUCCAAGCUUCACUUCUGGGCAAAAAUCAGAAGCUUCGCCUGAACUUCAUUUGUGACAACUGCCUGAACCUCCGCAGCAAGAUGAAACUAUGGGGUGGAAAAACAUACCUGAAGUACCUUGUGUUCGUAAGCCUUGUGCAAGGUUGCUGUGGUGCUCAUGGGAAAUAUGCUCACAAAUUGUUGAAUGAUCUCUUUGCCAACUACACAAGUGCACUGCGGCCAGUGGAGGACACAGAUAAAGCUUUGAAUGUCACCCUGCGCAUCACUUUAUCCCAGAUCAUUGACAUGGAUGAAAGAAAUCAAAUCCUUACAGCGUACCUGUGGAUUCGACAGGUGUGGACUGAUGCGUACCUGAGGUGGAAUAAGGAUGAUUAUGAUGGGCUUGAUACCAUCCGCAUACCUAGUAGUUAUGUAUGGAGACCUGAUAUAGUCCUAUAUAACAAUGCUGAUGACCAAUUCACUGGCUCUAUGGAGACCAAUGUUGUUAUUAGACAUGAUGGUCAAAUAAUGUGGGACUCACCAGCUAUCACCAAAAGCUCUUGCAAGGUGGAUGUUUCCUUUUUUCCAUUUGAUGGACAACAGUGCAGACUUACCUUCGGUUCUUGGACAUACAAUGGAAAUCAAAUUGAUAUUUUAAAUGGCCUUGACAGUGGGGACCUGACAGAUUUUGUGGAAAAUGUGGAAUGGGAGGUCUUAGGCAUGCCCGCCAAGAAGAAUGUUAUUCUUUACGGUUGCUGCUCAGAUCCUUAUCCAGAUGUCACCUACACUCUUAAACUUAAGAGAAGAGCCUCCUUUUACAUUUUCAACUUGCUAAUUCCAUGUAUUAUGAUCUCCUUUCUUGCUCCAUUGGGGUUCUAUCUGCCUGCUGACUCAGGAGAAAAAGUUUCCCUUGGUGUCACUGUGCUUUUAGCACUGACGGUCUUCCAGCUGCUUGUAGCAGAGAGUAUGCCGCCUUCAGAAAAUGUUCCUCUUAUUGGAAAAUAUUAUAUUGCCACAAUGACCCUGAUAACGGCAUCAACUGCCUUGACAAUUUUUAUCAUGAACAUCCAUCACUGUGGACCAGAUGCCAAGCCUGUUCCAAAGUGGGCAAAAACAAUUGUUCUGCAAUAUAUGGCCAAAAUUUUCUUUGUGUAUGAAGUGGGUGAGAACUGCAUGAGUCCUAAGCCUGACAAACCCGAUGCUGCACCACCAGCGAAGACUAACACAAUGAAUGGUCAGGCCAAGAAAGAUGACUUUGUGUUAAAAAUUAAAAAGAGUCAGGAUGGUCUGGCACAGAAGCUUCAAGAAAUUCAGGAGGAGCUUGAUCAACGUGGGACUCCUGCUGCAUCGAUGGCAAACACACCUACCAAUUGCUACACUCCAUGGAAAGAAGAAGGAAAGUAUGUCAGUUUGGACCGAGGAGACUGUGGUGGUGGAGGUAAAAAUAAAGACACGUUUUGUAAGGUGCAGUGUGUGUGCCACCAUCACGACCUACUGAAGAACACUGAGUAUAUCGCCAACUGCUAUCGAGAUCAGAAAGCCACCCAGAGAAGAACUACAGAAUGGAAGAAGGUGGCCAAGGUAAUGGAUCGCUUCUUUAUGUGGAUCUUCUUCAUCAUGGUUUUUUUCAUGAGUCUGCUGAUCAUGGGAAAAGCGGUUUAAACAAAAGCCAAUUCUCAGUAAUUAAGAGGAUGCAUGCCUGCUCCUUAAAUUUGAAAGAAAUGCUGGAAGGUUUUGAAAAUCACUGCAGCCAAAGUUUCAUUACCCUUCCCAAAAAAUGUAAUCACAAUAAACAAUGAAUACCCAAGGGUUUAAAUUAAACAAAUAGUAAUGCUGUCUGUUUGUCUUUAGGUUUGCUCUUCAGGUUUCAUUACGUGUCUGGAUGUAAACAAAAACACAAUGUACAAAAGCUGAAAGCUUCUUUUCACUUCUUUUUGUGAUGUACUUCUUGAACCUUAUAGAUCCAUUGAUAGAACUGUCAAGUAGAGGAAAGCUGAAGGUGUUAUAUUUACAGUGUUGACAACAUAUUCUUUAGAACAUAUGCAGACCCCUUCACUUUCUACACAUUUUGCUAUGUUGCAGCCUUUUGCUAAAAUCAUUAACAUUAUUUUUUCCCACAUGAAGCAACGCUCAAUACCUCAGAAUGGCAAAGUGAAAACAGAAUUUUAAAACAUUUUUGCAUAUUUAUUAAAUUAAAAAACUGAAAAAUCACACUGAUACAAGGAUUGAGACUUUUCACUCAGUACAUAAUUGAAGCUCCUUUGGCAACGAUUUCAGCUUGGAGUCUUCAUCAGUUUAAAUGGACAAGUGUCGCAAAUCUGGAUUUGGGGAUUUUCUGCCAUUGUUUUCUGCUGGUCCUCUCAAGCUCUGUCAGGUUAGAUGGAGACAAUCAGUGGACAGCUACUUUUCAGGUCUCUCCAAACAUGUUCGAUUAGGUUAAAGUCAUUCUUUAUUGUCUUUGCUUUGUGCUUGGGGUCAUUGUCCUGUUGGUAGGUGAACCUUUGGCCCAGUCUAGGGUCCAAAGUACUCUGGAGCAUGUUUUAAUUAAGGAUAUCUUGUUACAUUGCCCUGUUCAGUUUUUCAUCAACCCUGUCUAGUUUCUAAGUCCCUGCCACUAAAAAAAAAUCCUCGGCAUAAUGCUUCACUGUUGAAGUUUGUUUAUUGCACAGGUCUUAAGCAUUGCCAGGUUUCCUCCAGACAUGACACUAAUCUUGGUUUCAUCACACCAGAGAAUCUUGCUUCUCAUAGUCUGAAUGUUCUUUAGGUGCAUUUUUGCAAACUCCUAACAGGCUUCCACAUAUCUCUUACAGAGAAGAAACUUCUGUCUGGCCAAUAUGCCGUACAGUAAAUCCCAGAUCAGUGGAGUGUUGCAGUGAUGGUUGUCUUUCUAAAAGUUUCUCUCAUCUCCACACAAGUUCUCUUAAUCUCAACUAAAGUGACCAUUGGGUUCUUGGUCACCUCUAAAUCAUUGCCCUUUAUUCACUAUUGCUCAGUUUGGCCAGGUGGAUACCUUUAGAGGGAGUCGUGGUUGUUCCAAACUUCUUCCAUUUAUGUAUUAUGGAGGGCUGUGUGAUGUUUGGAACCUUCAAUGUGGCACACCACUCCAUGGUGAAUAGCACAUACUAUACACUGAACUACAUGUGCUGCACUAAAAAGCAUACUGUAUAUUGAAAUACUUACAUUAGC